CACACUGUAGCCUACCUAUGUUAGGGGAAACUACGCCAUUACUGUCACAGCUGAACACAUGAGGUCCCCAACGCAAGAAGGAAAGUAUGGGAGCUAGUGUGCGACCCAGCUUUUCUGAAGGGCUGGGUGGGGAGCAGGGCUGGCCUGAGGCUCUAAGAGGGCGGGGCCCACAGGCGGUGAGUGGAAUCCUUACUGCCCUACGGAGGGCAGGGCUUUGGUCUCCAUGGAGACAGCUUCUCCUAGCAACCUGGCAGGCGUUGAGCCGAGCCUUGGGCACGAUGGACGCAGAGAGCCUCCUGCUGUCGCUGGAGCUGGCGUCCGGCAGUGGGCAGGGCCUCAGCCCGGACCGUCGGGCCUCUCUACUUACCUCUCUUCUGCUGGUGAAACGCGACUACCGCUAUGAUCGGGUCCUCUUCUGGGGCCGCAUCCUCGGCCUUGUCGCCGAUUAUUACAUCGCGCAGGGCCUGAGUGAGGACCAGCUCGCACCACGCAAGACCCUCUACAGCCUGAACUGCAUGGAGUGGAGCCUCUUGCCCCCUGCCACGGAGGAGAUGAUGGUACAGACGUCUGUGGUGAAGGGCCGCUUCAUGGGGGACCCCUCACAUGAGUAUGAACACACUGAGCUGCAGAAGAUAAAGGAGGGCGGAAAGGUCUUUGAAGAGGAAGUGGUGGUCCAGAUCAAGGAAGAGACCCGCUUGGUGUCUAUCAUUGACCAGAUUGACAAGGCUGUGGCUAUCAUCCCCCGAGGAGCCCUUUUUAAGACCCCUUUUGGACCUGUCCAUGUCAAUCGGACUUUUGAAGGACUCUCUUUGUCUGAAGCCAAGAAGCUCAGUUCCUACUUCCACUUCAGGGAGCCUGUUCAGCUGAAGAACAAGACCUUGCUUGAGAAGGCUGACCUGGAUCCCUCCCUGGACUUCAUGGACUCCUUAGAGCAUGACAUCCCCAAAGGGUCCUGGAGCAUCCAGAUGGAGAGGGGCAACGCACUGGUGGUGCUGCGCAGCCUGCUCUGGCCAGGCCUCACCUUCUUCCAUGCUCCCCGCACCAAGAACUGUGGCUACAUCUACGUGGGUACCGCCCUGCAGGGUGAAGAGCUGAAGGCGGUCAACACAGGGCUAGGGAACCAUCUUGGCCUAUCACAAGGGAUUAGUGACUCGACGACGUUCAGUAACUGGCUAGAAAUGGGCUCAAGGCCCUUGCACUUCCCAGGCAGUGAGCACACAUAACCAGUGGUGGAGUCCA